AUGAACGCAAGACUGUUCAGCGAAAAGAUAAAUUUGAUCCAAUUUUACAACAGACAUCAUGACGAGAUAAAUCAACAACGCAUCAAUUUCUCGGGGUUCACAACCACCACUUUACAGGCAUGGUUUUCCAACUGUGAUGCGUUCUACGAGGUUGUUGCCGAUGACUCGUGCUACAAUAUUGCCAAUGACCACGGAGUCUUAUUGUCCAACUUGUAUGCUUGGAAUACAGCGAUAAACACGGAUUGUUCCGGAUUGCAGGCAAAUGAUCUUACAAAUGUUCCAGAUGAUACAUGCUUCGAUAUCGCAUAUGAAUACGGCAUCUCAACGUCUUCUUUCUAUGCCUGGAACCCAGCGGUCAAGACCGACUGCUCCGGUAUGCAAGCGGACGAGUAUGUUUGCGUUGCUGUUCGCUUAACUGCGCAUGCGUUGUCUUAA